AUGAAAAGAGAGACAUUGCCUUCAUGGCUAUCGCUAUUGCUCACAACACAAUUCUUUCUCCCCUGCAAAAACCAUCCCCUUUCUAGUCGUAGUGAGUGUAACCUAUUUUGCAUUGAGUGCGAGGCACCACCUGAUGCUUUCUGCUAUCAUUGUCAUUUGGACCACCAUUCUAAUCAUCAUGUAAUCCAGAUUAGGCGUUCAUCGUACCAUGAUGUCAUAAAAGUAUCUGAACUAGAGAAUAUCUUUGAUAUUAGUGAUGUGCAAACUUAUGUGAUCAAUAGUGCAAAGGUUGUGUUUUUGAACGAGCGACCACAAAUGCGCACUUGUGGUCCAUUGUCAUCAUCAUCAUACAACUGUGAGACAUGUGGCCGUGCCCUUCUUAACGAAUUUCGCUUUUGCUCUCUUGGUUGCAAUCUUACGGGCAUAGAAAAGGACAUGAAGACGCCAAGUGAUGUUGCAAAUGGUUCUGAAUAUAAACGAAUAGAAGAUGUGGCUUCUGGCAAUAGUAGUGAUUCAAAUACUAGGAGUGAGAAAGAGAUAUACAAUGAAAACAAUGAAGAAGAACCGCCAGCAAAAAGGGUUGCUCGUCAUCGCCGAAAGGGAAUUCCCCAACGUGCGCCGUUCUUUUGA